AUGGAGGCCUGUCUGCUGCUGUUACCCCCAAGGCUGCUCCUCCUGGGGACUGCCAUUCUGAUUGUGUCUGCUCCCGACACAGCCGACCUGGUGGCCCUGUGCGGGCAGACGCGGCAGGUGGCCGGGCUGCUGCUGCGCUCGCACCCGGCGUCGCGCAGGUUCUACUUCGUGGCCCCCGACACCGACUGCGCGCUCUGGGUUCGAGCGGCGGCCCCGGGCGACAGGAUCCGCUUCCAGUUCCGCUUCUUCCUGGUGUACAGCCUGACUCCCGGGGCCCCGGAGCCCCGGGCGAGCGCGGCACCCAACGCCUCUUCGGCGGAGCCCACAGACCGGUGCUUCCCCGGCUCCUACCUGCAGUUCUACGAGGGCCCUGCGGGGGCGCCCCGACCCCUGGGGGACCCGCUCUGCGGCCUGACCAUCCCCGACCCGGUGGCGUCCUCCGGACCGGUCCUCGGCCUGCGCCUGGCCACCAGAGGCCGCCGGCCCCGCGUGGACUUCGUGGGAGAAGUCACCUCUUUCCGUUUGGGAUCCUGCGGUCCCUACUUCCGGUGUGAGAACAGCGUGUGCAUCCCCCCAAGCCUGGUGUGUGACCCCUGGGACAUGGACAACUGUGGCGAUGGCAGUGACCAGGCUUCCUGGCCACCAGCCAGCUGCAGAGGCCCCUCUCUGGUGCCCAGCCCGGCGGGGAGUACAGGCGGCCAAGCCCCCACGCUGCCGACUCUCCCUGCAGCUCUCAGGUCUGCAGGCACCAUCUGUGCUACAGCCGGCAGCACCGUCGCAGACCCGGACGCCCAGCAAGCCACAGCUCGGGCAGGUCCCCGACUUCAUGGGGUGGCGCUGGCCGCCUUGCUGCUCCUGGCCUCUGCCGGCCUCCUCGUGGGCCUCCUGUGCUGCUGCUGCUGCUCCAGCCGGCUGGCCUGCGGGGGCCGUGCCCGUGGGCUCGGGCUCAGCUGUACCAUCUGUUACCUGAGUCCGGAUCAGUGGGGGGAUGUGGCCUGGUGUGUGGGCGGGGCCCUCUCCGUGCUGGGCUCUGCCUGUAGCAGCUCCCGGUAA